AUGACCGGAGUGAAUACCAAUGGUAUACCUAAUGUGAAUACCAAAGGCCCAGAAUUAGCGCGCACCAUCGCAUUGAGUGAACCACCUCAAUGGCAAAAGGUGAUUGAAAAGGCAGUAAAAGCCAUUGUAUCUAUCCGAUUUAGUCAAGUCUCUGCUUUUGAUACUGAAGGACCUGAAACGUCAGAGGCAUCUGGGUUUAUUGUCGAUGCCGAGCGUGGAUUGAUAUUGACAAAUCGGCAUGUCGCUUGUGCAGGUCCAUUUGUUGGAGAGGCUGUUUGCCAUGACCAUGAGGAAGUGGAUGUUUAUCCUGUAUACAGAGAUCCGGUCCAUGACUUUGGCUUUCUCAAGUUUGACCCGUCCAAGAUUAGAUAUAUGGAGGUGACAUCAAUUCCAUUGGUACCAGAGAUGGCCAAAGUCGGAAUCGACAUCCGUGUUGUCGGCAAUGAUGCUGGGGAAAAGCUCUCAAUUUUGUCUGGCUCAAUCUCACGACUGGACAGAAAUGCUCCUGAAUAUGGAGACCUCACAUAUAAUGAUUUCAACACAUUCUAUCUUCAGGCCGCAUCAAGCACAAGUGGAGGCUCCAGUGGAUCACCUGUAAUUGACAUUAAUGGAAAUGCGGUCGCACUACAAGCAGGAGGUAGUCUCAAGGCAGCAACAGACUUCUUCUUGCCUCUGGAUCGUGUACGUCGUGCAUUAACGUUUAUUCAGGAGGGCAAGCAUGUGCCUCGUGGUACUAUCCAGACUCAGUUUAUGUAUAGACCAUUUGAUGAGACCCGGCGUCUUGGAUUGAGUCAAAAAACUGAAGCAUUGAUCAGAGCUACAUUUCCAGAGGAGAUCGGCAUGCUGGUUGCAGAGACUGUUUUGCCCAAAGGACCUGCGGCAGACUGCCUGGAGGAGGGUGAUAUCCUUGUAUCCAUCAACGGAGAACUCAUCACAAAGUUUGUUCCACUAGAGGAUUGUCUAGACAGGAAUGUUGGCAACGAGAUUGAGAUUAUAGCUGAACGUGGAGGCGAGCAGAGGACAUUUAAAGUUGUGGUCCAGGAUCUGCAUAGCAUUACGCCAGAUCGCUAUGUCGAGAUUGGUGGCGCUAAACUCAACAACCUAAGUUACCAACUAGCGCGUAGCUUCUGUGUUCCUGUCAGUGGCGUCUAUGUUUCAGAGCCCAGUGGAAUGUUCAGAUUUGAAGGACCUGACAGGGGAUGGCUCUUGUCUUCUAUUGACAAUCAGCCCAUCCAUAAUUUGGAUGACUUUAUAGAGGUGAUGCAGAAGAUUCCGGACAGAGAAAGGAUCCCUGUUGUGUAUUAUUCCAUUGCAGAUGUCCAUACCACCAGUGUUGCAGUCGUGCAAGUAGAGCGCCACUGGAGUCGUUUUCGGUUAGCAGUCAGAAACGACAAGACUGGCCUCUGGGACUUUACAAGCCUGGGCACACCUUUACCUCCAAAACCCAUUGUUCCCUCUACUGUAAAGUUCCUUGAACUUGACGAGUCUUUAGGACCAGCUAAGGAGCUUUUCAGUAGUAUGGUUAAGGUCGGUUAUUAUAUGCCAUGCCGCAUUGAUGGGUUCCCAAAGAGCAGGAAAUACGGCGCAGGUUUGGUGGUGGAUGCAGAACGUGGCCUUAUUGUUGUUUCGCGCAAUAUUGUUCCAUUUGCUAUGGGGGACUUGAACAUUACCAUUGCAGAUUCUAUCAUUGUACCUGGUAAAGUCAUGUAUUUGCAUCCAACCCACAAUUUUGCAAUUGUCUCGUACAACCCCAAGGACAUUGGUGGCACUCCUAUCAAAUCUGCCAAAAUUUCGCCCAUCAACCUUGUCCAAGGGCACCAGGUGUCUUUGGUAGCAUUCAAUCACAACCAGCGUCCUAUCUGCCUUAGAACCAUUGUAACAGAUAUCACCAGUGUAACAAUCCCUCAUAACGCUACACCUCGCUUCCGUGGUAUAAACUUGGAUGCGAUUACAUUAGACACGCCUCUUGCUCAACAAUGCUCAUCUGGAGUGUUAGCUGAUAGCGAGGGUCGUGUACAAGGCCUCUGGCUUUCUUAUCUUGGCGAGCGUAAUAACUCUGGUAGGGACAACGAGUACCAUCUAGGUCUUCAUAUCUCGACAAUCAUGCCUGUUCUCCAGCCCAUGCAACAAGGAUUGUAUCCAAAAUUACGUAGUCUCAACAUUGAGGUCGUGACGGUUCAAAUGGCUCAAGCACGUCAUAUGGGACUCUCGGACGAAUGGGUCAAGAAGGUAGAAGAAGCCAAUCCUUCCCGCCAUCACAUCUUCAUGGUUCGUCGCACCGAAACUGGGUCGGUAUCAGCGAAGAUUCUUCAGGAGCUGGAUUUGAUUUUGAGUAUUAAUGGCAAAGUCAUCACGAGAAUGUAUGAGCUUGAUGUUCAGUAUGAUGCUACUGAACUAGAAAUGGUGGUACUACGAAAGAAGGUAGAAGUCAAAGUCACUGUUCCGACUGAAGAAGUGGAUGGCAAUGGAACAAGUCGACUAGUCAUCUGGGCAGGUGCAAUGAUGCAUGAGCCACACAAGGCUGUUUUACAACAGAGUAAAACAUUGCCUAGUAGGGUAUACGUCAGUGCGCGGUCGAAGGGGUCGCCCUCCUAUAUGUAUGGAAUGGUCCCUACAAUGUGGAUCACACACAUCAAUGGCACACCAACGCCUGAUCUGGAUGCUCUGUUGAAGGCGGUGAGACAAUGUCCUGAUAAUUCGUAUGUCCGCGUCAAAACUAUGAGCUUCGAUAUGAUUCCCACAGUACUGAGUGUCAAGACAAACAUGCAUUAUUGGCCAACGGCAGAGAUGGUUAGAGAUGACAAUGAAGAAUCUGGAUGGCGUAAAGUUGCGGACCCACCUGCGCCAAAGACAAAGAGCGAAGACGGCGCAGAGGCAAUGGCAGCAGAAGGAGCAGAAGCAGUUGUAGUAGAUGGAGAUGAGAUUGAUAUGGAAGAGGACGCCUCAAGUGAAGUAGUUUGA